GCACGCACGCGUUUGUGAUUCGUCAUUAUCGCGACGAUCCGGUAACACCUUAUUUCACGCAAUAUCGCAAUACGUAUUUUAUUUGAUUGUUGUUAUUUUAUUAUCUAAAGUAAACUCCGUCUGUCAGUAAAUGCCAAUGUUUUAGUGUUGCGCGCAGAGUGCAGAGUUUUAACAGCCGUACUGAAUUUCGUUCCGGGGUUUUUUUUUUUUUUGGAAAAAUGUACAUACGCACGACGUAAGCCGCCGAGUUAAUGAUUCCUCUCGUUUAAAACGUACAUCCACUCCCAAUAUCAACCACUUUUCUAGGCCGCCCAGAUCCGCCGCCCGCGUUUCUUAUCAAUUGGCACGGUUAUUUUAAUGUUAUUCUAUUUCGCAUCAAACAACUUGUUUGUGUGUACUCGGUUAUUUUAAAAUUUUUAUUUCAUUUUUCUGGACCCUUGGGAUUUGAAACGCCAAGCGCUCCGCAACACAUCAAGUACAUCUCGCGUUCGAUCAUACAUGUUACGAGUCUUGAAUACGUCAAAUCACACUAGUAUCGUAUCCGACAGAGCAUUCUAAUAUUACAAAAUGGCCAAUAGAACAGUACCUCAACGUCCAAAUGGUCAAACUCCAGGAAAACUAUGUCAGUUUAAACUGGUACUUUUGGGUGAAUCAUCUGUGGGAAAAUCUAGUUUAGUGCUAAGAUUUGUGAAGGGUCAAUUUCAUGAAUAUCAAGAGAGCACCAUUGGUGCUGCCUUUCUCACACAAACCAUUCAUCUGAACGAUGUAGCUGUAAAAUUCGAAAUUUGGGAUACAGCAGGACAAGAACGUUACCACAGCUUAGCACCUAUGUACUAUAGAGGUGCCCAAGCAGCUAUUGUAGUUUAUGACAUUACUAAUCAAGAUACAUUUGAAAGAGCUAAAAACUGGGUCAAGGAACUUCAACGACAAGCUACUCCGGGUAUUGUUAUAGCGUUAGCUGGAAACAAGUUAGAUUUAAAUAAUAUGAGGAGCGUCCAGACUGAUGAGUCUCAAACCUAUGCCUAUGACAACGGCUUGCUGUUUAUGGAAACUUCAGCGAAAACUAGCGCUAAUGUUACUGAAAUUUUCAAAGCAAUUGCUGAAAAACUUCCAAAGAAUGAAACGUCAAACACUGCUGGUCAAGGUCGACGUCUUGUUGAAUCAGAGGGUCCUAAUAGAAGUCUGAGCAACUGUUGCAAGUGAUAUAAUAAAAUGAAGUCAGUUCUCAAUUGGAUUAUUGACAUCUAAUUAUCUAUUAAACUAUAUAGCUUUGUACAAUUAUUAAGCCGCAAAAUUAUAUUAAUCAAUUUGCAUUUAAUAUAUGUAUGGUUAUAUUACCUAUAUUUAAAGAGAUAAUUAUUAUUAUUAUAAUCAGCUUUUAUGUGCAUGUAUUUUGGUCUUAGAAUUUGGAAUGGCCAAUAUUCAGUAAUAGCUAUUAUUUUUUUUCCUUUAUUAGGAUAUUAAUAUUGUAUUUAAUAAUGACGUUUAAAAAUUAAAAUAUAGUUUUAUAUAAAUAUAUAUAUUUUAGGAUUAUUUUCCCCUCAAAAAUAUAUUAUUAUUAUUAUUAUUAUUACAAUUUAAAUUAUAAAUUAUAUUUAUUUUUACUUCUAUUAUUAUUAUAUAUUUUUUUAUUCAAUUCCACAAUCAACAUUUUCUAAUAUAAAUAAACUUGUUUAUAUCUAUUAGCUACUGAUUUAUAAUUUAUACCUAAUGAAACUGUCCAAUAUAUAUAUAUUACAUGCAUUUUUUUGUUUAAUUAAUAACCUUGCUAUAAUAUAUAAAUACUUGUAUAUUCCUUUAAAACAAUUUUAUCUUUAAAAUUCUACACUGUAUUUAUUUUGUGUUACAAAACUUGCAUGAGAUAAAUAUGUUCCCAUAAGUGGUAAACAAAUAACUUAAGUACCUAUGCAACAUGUUUUCAUACAUUUUACUUAUUAAAUAUUCAUAUUUGUAAGAAAAAUAUUUGGAAUAUAAUUUUGAUCAUAAAUACAAUAUUAUAAAUGGAAUAAAAACUUAGCACAUUUUGAA